UUUUAACGGAUUAUUUGGUGAUGAAAACCGAGCGCCUCCUUUCUUUGUGACGACACAUCCGCGGUGCUCCACGAUUCUAGUCCCCAGAAACAUUAGUAAACAAUUCCGCUACGUCUGGAAAAAGAAUAAUUUAACCCUGAAGUUUUAAAGCUGUUAUUAGUUUUCACAAGAGCACGAUUCAAAAUUAUUCCGGUGGCGUCAAACAAAUAACGAACACGGACGAUUUUGCGUAAAGUUCCGAGGAAAGACAUGUAGGAUAUUAUUUUAGUUAAACAGCGGUUAAAGGGGGGAACGAACCACCCUGUUGCACCAGAUGAUGACCCGAUCCAUAACAACCAUGAACUGAUCAGCGUAUUUCUCAACUUCACAGGCCUAAACAAUAAAAGAAAAUGUUCAGUUUUCUUGGACUCCGUAAGGACUCAAAGAAGUCAACAUCCGACAAGGAAGCAGAUGGAGGUUUUGUUAUUGUUGGAGAGACGACAGAAGAACAGAGGCGGAGGAUGCCGACCAUGAACGUCACACAGCCCUCAACAAAUGUCAUAGUACAGCCAUUAAAGCCAUCUUAUCCAGUUUCACCUCGACCCGUUGCCGAAAAGCCCCUCACACCUUUACACCCCUCCGGACCAGCAGAGGGCCCCCCGGCUGUUGAAGCUGCUUCAACCCUCCCAGAUCUCCUCGGGGACAUCCCCUUCACCUUGGCCCCCCACGUGUUGGCCUUGCAGGCAGGCUUCUCCGUCGUCCCCGAUGUGCUUCUGUCCCGCGACAUGAACUACAACCUCGCCAGUUUUCAGUACGAUUUCACCUUAGAGAACUCGGUGCUUCACAGUAACUAGUUCAGCACCGUGAAACUGGCUUAACGUGACUAGUUUUAGCUAGAAAACAAAACCGCAAAGGCAGAAAAAUCUAUAUUUGUGAGCAAAUCUAAUUAUCGUUAAAUAGACAUUAACUUAAAUUAGCUGUGGUAAACGGUGCAGCCUUAAGUUACUCUGAUUGUUUUUCAUUAAGAGCCAUAUAAAUCUAAUUUACCUCAGAGUUUACAAAUUAAUGUAGGUUAAACAUUUCAUUGGCAAGCAGAAUAAAUGAACUUUUUUGGUGUUGCAACAAAUGCAGACUUGAUCCUUGUUACUUUUAUUAAAACUUAAAGACGUUUAGGAUGGAAUUUGUGAUUGGUUAAGACUUCUAUGACAAAUGCUGCAGAUCAUGUGCAAUUUGUUUGGAUUAUGUUACAGGAAAAAUAUCCCAGCUUAAAACAUGUUUUAGAUCUUAUAGUCUCUAUUUGAGCCUACUGAAAGCUUUUAAUCUGGAGUAAAAUCAAAAGUCCUUGUGGCUAAUUUCCAUUUACGGGGUAGUCUGAUCACAUUUGAAGUGAUAAUCAUAAUUACCAAUAGGUAACACUUUACCAGCUGUAUGUAUGGAGAGAAGUGCAGAAGUCUUCCUUCUGGCUAACGGCGAGCCAAACAAAUGAAGUUGAAUUGUUUUUCAGGGAUGUGGGGCUCCUUCAGCUUCUAUUUGCAAAUCACGUGAUUCUUGUCUAAUUUAUCCAAGAAUGUCCUUCGGUCAUUGCACUGAGUCGUUCCUGUUGAAGCAAGUCAUUUCUCACUAAAUUCUAAUAAUAAGUUUAACAAUAACCUUUAUCUUUUCUUAAAAACAGCUUCCAUAUCAUCCAGUAGCCCUGUAUGUGGUAAAAUAAUGACAGUCUGUUGGUAAAAUUACAAAAUACAGCUUGACUCAACACUGCAAGGUUUUUGUUACAAAUUCAAAGCAUGCAGUGAAGAAGUCAUUUAAAGGGGACAUUAUCCUUUUAAAUCUACUUUUUCUCAUUUAAAUCAUUCAGUUGGGGUCUGUAUAUAGUGGAACUGCAAUGCUUUGAUCUGAAUUCCUCCUUAUUGUAACUUCACAAGCCCCUUUCACCUCUGUUCUGAGGUGUGUCUCGGAUCAACUUGUUUUGGUGCUCUCUUUAAAUGCAAAUGAGGCAUUUUACACACCUCCACCAUGUUCAUCCAUUAUUGUAGUUUGAUAGCAGAGAUACAGUCAUGGAACGGCACAGAAACCUUUUAUUUACAAAUUGAUGUCAACAAUGGAAGACAUGUUGGACCUGGAGUCCGACCCAAAAAGGAAAAUGAAGACGACAUAAUUGGCAGUUCCAUUGCAAAUAAUUUGUUUGCAUUAAGAAGACCCAUCUUGGUUGGACUUGCAUCCCUCACCAACAAGAGUUGUCACCAAAUCAGUGGUCUUAAGUUUUGGAGGUUUACUCCUGGUGUGAGGGACAUUGUCCUGAUGACUCACACUUAACCUCAGAACUCAAACUCUAGUCAACUGUGAAUGCUAAAGCUAUGUUAAAUACAUGCAACUUUAGGCAAUAAGCAAAAUUACCAUUUGUCAUGCUGAAAAACCAGUCCAUGUGACGUCACUGAAUGAGCCUGUAAAACAACUCUUCUUUUAUAAAAGGCAUACAGAUAUAAAAGAGGGCGACAUUUGUGUUAAAAUCCACUGUGUUUUAUGUGACACAGUUUAGUUUGUCAAUGUUUUCUCAAUUAAACUGCAUUCAUGUUACUAUGUGAACGUGCACAGCAGACUCACUGAUGUCCAAAUUCAGGGGCUGCAUCCUUCGAAGGCCGAAUGUGAAGGCUGGUUAUGUCACAAUGACGCGCCGAAGAAGGCUGUCCAAAUUCGAAGGCUCCUCCAACUACGACCCAUAAAUUUGAGGGGCGGGUCCUGUGUAUCCUUCUCAGCCCACCCUGUCCCAAGAUGCAUUGCAGCCUGACCAGGAGUAAUAGUGGACAAAGUGAAAGACAGUUUUAAGUGAAAAUCUAUCAGUACAAAAAUGAAAUGUUUAAAGCGGUUGUGUUUUAUCAUUUACAUAGACAUGUUUUUUAAUAUUAUUCUCAUCAGAAAUCAUCGUAAAUGAGCUCAUAUGGCGGGUACCUUAGUUCUUUGUGUUUUACCUCUAAGCUAAUUUUGUAAAUUCUUAAUAUUAAUAAUUACUAUUUUUCUGAUUUCAGUCUAUUUGCAAUCAUCAUUGCUUCUGUUUAGCGUCGUUACAGUAUAGGUGUCAGGACAUACGCCGGGGUAAGGGUGGGAAUAAAGCUGAACGCUGGACCGUCCAAAUUCACAGCCAGUUUCUUCGGUCUUCCCAGUCCACAUUGUCUGGGGAGGCUGGGAUCUUCGAAGGGUCGAAGGUCCUUGAAUUUGGACACAGCCUCCGACUGCCAGGAGUUGAGCAAACUUUUAAAUCGACUAAAAGUGAUGAAUGGGCGAUGAAUGGAUGAUGGACUUGCUUCAUUGAUGAGAAUUGAAUUUCCUAAAAUGUGAUCACAAUAAAUCGUUCCUUAAACGUCGUACACCUGUAUACUUAUAUAUUUUUAUAUUCUGCCAAAAAGUGAAGAACAUCCACUUAUAGAGAAAGAAAUAUUUGCAUAGUUAAAGUAGGAUAUGUAGCAUAAAGAUGGUUUACUCCCCACCAAUGUUGAUAACGUUUUUCUUUUAAAUAUGCAACUUUAAACCAAGUUAGAGUUUAUUAUGUUAUGAAUUUUUAAUACUUUCUUUUUUUUCCUGCAGAUCUGUUCAGAACUGUUUAUGGCCCAUGUUUUUCUGCUUUAGUUGUUUUACUGAGUAACAUCUGAUGCUUUUUGCAUUUGAGCACAAACAGUUAUAUUGAAUUGUUCCACUGCAAGUCUAGGCCCCUCUUUCGAAAGGACAUGUUAAUUAUUACCUGUUUGUGUUGAUAAAGUUUCUAAAGUUUCCACACCAAUGAUUCGAUCACCAAAAUCAAUCAAGUUGUCUUUUUUUCUCCCCAUAGGUCCAGUCCCUCCUAUGUAGCAGUUCUUUUUCAUAGGUAGUUUCAUUUAAACCCAGUUUCCUGAGCUUUGAAUUAGAGCUUUACUUGGUUUGUAUAUGUUUUUAUUGAACAACCAUCCAUUUUCUUUUACCUGCUUUUCCUUUUUUGGGUCACAUUGGAACUGGUGUCUAUCUUGAUCGUAAAGAAGAACCUGUAAGAAAAGCUAAAGAGAAAACAAUAACUAUCAAAUAAAACUAAUCUGUAUUGAAUCUGUUUAUCUACCAAUGAAAUUUGUGUUAUCAAAAUGUACGUUUUGUUGUUUACCUAAAGGUGAAGUUACAAUGCUGCUAAUUCCAACCCCUUUAUUUACCCAUCGUUAGACCCUGCACUGUUCAUGCUUGAGUUCCAAGUUUCUAAUCUACUCCAAAUCACAAGCUUUCAUACUGUAUUGCUGGGAAAAACCACAUAUAAAUGGUACUGUAAUUUUUUUUCUGAUUGCCAAUUAUCUUUCUUAGAGUGUUUUGUUUCGCUGACGUUUGCACCUUCAUUCAUCUUUACCAACCUCUGAUUAUUUUUCUCUUUGUUUUUGGUAAUCGUGUUGUAAAUAUUGAAAAUCUAUCAAAAAGUUUGUUUUGCUGGAAAUUGACUAGAAACUGUAUUUGUUUUGGAUGUUUAUAAAAGAAUCAAAUUAGCCGUCCUGCCACUUGUGCCUUGAUUGUUUAGACGACCCAAUAAAAUCUUUGUCCUUA